AUGUGGAACAUCUUCAAGAAGAACCAGCAGCCCGAGGCGGCGCCGGCCACCACCACGGCCACCAUGCCCGCCGGGCCCGUGGGCAACUCCACCGAGAGUGGGGGUGCCGGGGGGAGCAAGGAAGACAUGUUUGCCAAGAUAAAGGAGAAAUUCUUCAAUGAGAUGAACAAGAUCCCCCUGCCGCCCUGGGCGCUGAUAGCCAUCACCGUGGUGGCCGGCCUCCUGCUCCUCACCUGCUGCUUCUGCAUCUGCAAGAAGUGCUGCUGCCGGAAGAAGAAGAACAAGAAGGAGAAGGGCAAGGGCGCCAAGAAUGCCAUGAGCAUGAAGGACAUGAAGGGUGGGCAGGAUGAUGACGAUGCAGAGACCGGCCUCACCGAGGGGGAGGGGGAGGGCGAGGAGGAGAAGGAGCCGGAGAACCUGGGCAAGCUGCAGUUCUCCCUGGACUACGACUUCCAGGCCAACCAGCUCACCGUCGGCGUGCUGCAGGCUGCAGAACUGCCCGCCCUGGACAUGGGAGGCACCUCAGACCCUUACGUCAAAGUCUUCCUCCUCCCAGACAAGAAGAAGAAAUACGAGACCAAAGUGCACCGGAAGACGCUGAACCCCGCCUUCAACGAGACCUUCACCUUCAAGGUGCCGUACCAGGAGCUGGGGGGCAAGACCCUGGUGAUGGCCAUCUACGACUUCGACCGCUUCUCCAAGCACGACAUCAUCGGGGAGGUGAAGGUGCCCAUGAACACGGUGGACCUCGGCCAGCCCAUCGAGGAGUGGAGAGACCUGCAGGGCGGCGAGAAGGAGGAGCCGGAGAAGCUGGGCGACAUCUGCACGUCCCUGCGCUACGUGCCCACGGCCGGGAAGCUCACCGUCUGCAUCCUCGAGGCCAAGAACCUGAAGAAGAUGGACGUGGGCGGCCUCUCAGACCCCUACGUGAAGAUCCACCUGAUGCAGAACGGCAAGAGGCUCAAGAAGAAGAAGACGACGGUGAAGAAGAAGACGCUGAACCCCUACUUCAACGAGUCCUUCAGCUUUGAGAUUCCCUUCGAGCAGAUCCAGAAAGUCCAGGUGGUGGUCACGGUGCUGGACUACGACAAGCUGGGCAAGAACGAGGCCAUCGGCAAGAUCUUCGUGGGCAGCAACGCCACGGGCACGGAGCUGCGGCACUGGUCCGACAUGCUGGCCAACCCGCGCCGGCCCAUCGCCCAGUGGCACUCGCUGAAGCCCGAGGAGGAGGUGGACGCUCUCCUGGGCAAGAACAAGUAGGAGCAGCGGCCGCCGCGACCGCACGGCCGGCUCGGACGACAGACCCAGAGCUCUCGAUACCUCAGUUACGCCCUCGAGGUUCCCCCCCUGUGGUCGCGUCCUCGUUCCCCUUCCUUUCCGUCUGUUUAAAGACCGGCUUCCCGCUGGCGGCUCUGAGGAGCCUCCCCAACCAGCGGACGAGGAGCCCGGCUCUUGUCACCGUCCGGGAGCCGCCCGCUGCAUGCCUGUCACCCGCCAUCGUCAUCGCGGUCCCAUCAGGGUCCCUCGGUCCCAGCCUCGCCUGAGCCUCGCGGGAGUGAGGCCCUCUGGUGGCAGAAAGUCGCGACGUGUCCCGUUUUUUGCGUGUUCUGGGCCCACACAAUGGCACUUCCUGUGUCCUGGGGGGGAAGGCUGCACAGUGGCCAGCGACGGUGUGCACACUUGUCCACAUAUGUG